GGCGGAUUAAUACUUCACUCAGACAACGUGACACUUCCUCAUGCAAUAAAAGCGGAUUCUCUUUUUCAGUUCACCGGCAUUUCAGCAUAAUCACUGCCGGUCGGGUCUGAUAUCGGGUUUUCAGACGUAGUUUAUUUAUCGUUUUUAUUUAUACACUUUGUUUACAAGAUGCCUGGAUUUUCCGACAGAGAUCGUGGUAGAGAUAGAGGGUAAGUGUCUGAAUUAAUACAUUUUAGGCGAAUUUAACACCUCGUGUUGUCUCGCCAGAAAUGGAUGCCAUGACGCACGGGAUAACGGUAGCUAGCUAACUCGUUGUUUAGCUAGCGAGGCAUAUGUCGUUUUUUAUGAUUAAAUACGACAGUCUGUAAGUUCACUUUACUCUAAAUGGAAAUUAUCAAAAUUAUGAUCUACCUUAAGUAUUUUCAAAUCAGUAGGGACCAACGUUUUUAAAGGCCUCGGUUCGUCAUUAAACUAGCAAGACACUUUCUGCCUGACCUGCUGGCGGCCUGUUAACUAAAAUGCGAACAAGCUAGCCAGGGGUUGUAAUCGGCCAAAUAACUUUCAAAUGUAUGAAAUUUUUGGAACAUUAACUAUGUACCACAUAGUACAGCAAGUGUCCGAUAACAGGCAAGCUAACCGACUAAAUGUAUUUGUACGCCAUGUGGCAUUAUUGAAUGCGGAUACAAAAUGCCGGCCGGUUUUUUUCAUUGUUCCUCUGCCGGAAUCCGGAUACAUUGAAGAUGGCUGUCUUAACGUGACGCAGAGUCCAAUAAAACAAGCAUUUCUUAUAGUUUUAUGUUUAACUUGGAACUCUGCAUUGCAUUGACGUUUAUAAUUUAAUGUUGAACUAGCUGACUGCUAGUUAGCGGUCACUAAACAAUGUUCUGUUAAAUCUAAAAGGUAAAACUUGAUUUGCGCUUAAGCAAGCGAGUUUUCUGCUGGUAUCCUAUCUCUUUUUACAUUGGUUGGAGUGACUAACGUUAGAUCAUUAAUUUCCCCAGUUAUGGCAGCGGACCACCUCGUUUUGGAGGCGGUGGAAGAGGAGGAGGAGGAGGAGGUGGGGGAAAGUUUGGUAAUCCCGGCGACAGACUGCGCAAGAAGCACUGGAACCUUGACGAACUCUCUAAAUUCGAAAAGAACUUUUACCAAGAGCACCCCGAAGUUACUCGGAGAUCUCCGGUAUGUACGCUAGUGGUCAAAAUCCAGAUACAGUUGACUUACUGUAAAUGUUACAUAAUGGCCAUUGGAAUGUGUUCUUGCACAUGUUCAUUUGUUGCCCAAUCAGCAAUGGCCUUUUUCAUUGCCAUGCCAAUUGAUCUGAGUCUCUACAUGUCAUUGCAGCAAGAGGUUGCACAGUACAGAAGUACUAAAGCUGUUACUGUGAAGGGAAGGGACUGCCCUAAUCCAAUUAUGAAGUUCCAUGAAGCCAGUUUUCCAAGUAAGUACAUCAACUGAAUGUGGCAUAUAUUAGUGGAAGUAUUUAUUUAUGCUCCAGACUUGUCUUCAAUCUGGGUUGGUGUUCAUGUACUUACCCCCCCCCCCUUUUGCACAGCCUACGUGAUGGAUGUCAUUAACAAAGCAGGCUGGACAGAACCAACACCCAUCCAAGCACAGGGUUGGCCACUGGCAUUGAGUGGCAAGGACAUGGUUGGCAUUGCACAGACAGGCUCUGGGAAAACUCUCUCGGUAAGUGUGUUGUGAGAAUCUGAGUCUUGACUAUUCCAACAACCUAGAAUUGCUCUUAAAAAUAAGGGGACUGGUGGUCUUUUUCUUUACUGUAAUGCAAUGUCUUUUUUUUUCCUGUAGUACUUGUUGCCUGCAAUCGUGCACAUUAACCACCAGCCUUUCCUGGAACGUGGAGAUGGACCCAUUGUAAGUACCCAUGGCUAUUCAAAGACUUGUAUCUAAUCUCUCAUCCACCCAACAUGGAUUUAUGGUAUUCAAUCUUUCUUUCAGUGCUUAGUUCUUGCCCCGACCCGUGAGCUGGCUCAGCAGGUCCAGCAGGUGGCGGCAGAGUACGGUAGAGCUUCUCGCCUGAAGUCUGUCUGUGUUUAUGGGGGUGCACCCAAAGGGCCACAGCUCCGAGACCUGGAUAGAGGUAAGUUCCACAACAACUCUGUUUUUGGCUGAAUUGAAUCUAUGGAAUUAUCUGGUGCUCAAUAUGUUUAUUUUUAUAUAUAAAUAGGUGUGGAGAUUUGCAUUGCCACACCCGGCAGGCUUAUUGACUUUCUGGAGGCAGGAAAGACCAACAUGCGUAGAUGCACUUACCUGGUUCUGGAUGAGGCUGACCGAAUGCUCGACAUGGGCUUUGAGCCACAAAUCCGAAAAAUUGUGGACCAAAUCCGAGUGAGUUCUGUUGUGAUGCAUUAGAUGUGCUAAUAAUAGUCUGGCUAUCUCACUUGGUACAGUUGUCAAGGAAGAAUUCUGAUGCCUUCCCUGUUCUCUACAGCCUGACCGACAGACUCUGAUGUGGAGUGCCACCUGGCCCAAAGAGGUGCGCCAGCUGGCCGAGGACUUCCUGAAGGACUACGUCCAGAUCAAUGUGGGAGCUCUGCAGCUGAGUGCCAACCACAACAUCCUGCAGAUUGUGGAUGUUUGCAACGAUGGAGAGAAGGAAGACAAGUGAGUCUUGUGUGUCUGAUCUGUGGCAUUUCUAUACUUGUCUAUGUAUUGGGUGGAAAAUAUGACUUUGACGAUAGUGUUAAGUCACUAAUUUAAUCCUUCACUGCCUUCCCUUUUCAGACUCCUCCGCCUACUUGAGGAGAUCAUGAGUGAGAAGGAGAACAAGACUAUAAUAUUUACAGAGACCAAGAGGAGGUGUGAUGAGAUCACUAGGAGGAUGAGGAGGGAUGGGUAAGUGGCAUCAAUACUUAGUUCUUGAAACUGUCAGGGUACUCAUGUGUUUUACUGGACUCAAUUGACACUUGCUCCCUCCUUUAGUUGGCCAGCAAUGGGCAUCCAUGGAGACAAGAGCCAGCAGGAGAGGGACUGGGUGCUCAAUGGUGAGUUUUAGCCACAUUAACAAUUUAGUAUGACUCCUUGACCUUUUAUGGCCAGUUAACAAUUUCCUUUCCUUUUUUCAGAGUUCAAGUUCGGAAAGGCGCCGAUUCUCAUUGCCACAGACGUCGCCUCCAGGGGUCUAGGUUAGUUUCAUUCUGUCCUUGGUCCCUUGUACCAACUUUUCUCUGAAAGAAAGUGUUUCUUUCUGUAACUCUUCUGCCUUCUGAGUUUCUCCCCUAUCUGAAGGAGCAGUCUUUUGAGGCAGGGCCUUGGCAUGACACGCCCAGGUCUCCAGAGGGGGAAGGAGGACUCUUGGAGGUGUCCUGACUGGGACGUCACCCAGUCACAUACAGAGGUGGCGGGGCCUGAGUGCUGAAUAUCACGCUGGGCUGCCCAAACGGGGGCCUAAAUGAGGGUUAGCAGCCGCACCCCUGUAAAUGCAGCUGUUCUCUGGCAUCGGUUUGGACUGCUUCACACCCAAGCUCAUGUCUCCACCAGGCUCUGCUGUUUCCAUGUCUUGCAUGUCGGUUUGGGCAUUGUAUUGCAAGUCAUUGAGUUCUGGAAGGUGUAGCUUUUCUCAAAGAACGUGUGACAUAAUGAGGCAGUUUCCUAAACUUCUGUUUUGAGAGCAGUUGUAAGUCCAAUUACACGUUCACCUCUGUAAUGAUAUGGCUACUGGCGCUUAGUGUCAGUGGGUCAUGUCAGUUGGCUGGGGACAAAAUCCAAGCUCGCACUCCUCCCUCACCUGAGUUUCAAGUCAUGUCGAGACCUGCCAACGAGACAUUUGAUCAAGUGAACACUGGUUCUGGGAAUAUCUUGCCUUGAUUGGGGCUACUUUUUUUUUUAUGGGUCACAGGAGUAAGUGGCUCCAUUUUUAGGGUCCCCCCCCAAUUGUUUAUGGUCUUGGCAAGACGUUGCAGUGUGGCCUUUAUAGCAAGCUUCUUAUGAGUGUGUGAAGAAAGGGCCUUCGUUGUCACCAUACGGUCCUAGUUUUGGCACAUGAGGAGGCAACAGUGCGUAUAGCGGCCUUACUGUGUAGAAGCACCCGGCGGUCACUUGACAUUGUGUGGGGAGUUUGCUGCAAUGGGAAUGGACUAGUGAAUGCAUACUCCUUUAUGGUAAGACUUCUGAUCCCUUGUUUUUGGGGGGAUGUUGAGAAUUAAGUGAGGGGUUAUCUGGAUUGGAAGCGUUUGGAGUGUGCAUCGUUUCUCUCUUCCCACCGUAGUAUCCCCACGGAUUAAGUCUUUCUAAAGUUGUCUAAUGCUAUUCUUUACAGCCUUGUGGAAAAACCAGCUACAUCCAGUGAAUGGUUGUACUAACUUUGCUCUUUUGGUCUGGCUGUUGUGGUGUGCAUCUUUAUGCGCUCCCUCUGCUUUUGUUGCCACACUGCAACACAUCCUACAGAUGUUGAAGAUGUGAAAUUUGUCAUCAACUUUGACUACCCCAACAACUCUGAGGACUAUAUCCACCGCAUCGGCAGAACAGCCCGGAGCCAAAAGACUGGCACAGCCUACACCUUCUUCACCCCCAACAACAUGAGACAGGCCAGCGACCUCGUCGCUGUGCUCCGUGAGGCCAACCAGGCCAUCAACCCUAAACUCCUCCAGAUGGCGGACAGAGGAGGUAAAUCUAAUUGGUGAGAUACAGGAACUGUGGUUCAGCUGCAGCCAUUUUUUUCACUUUUUUUUUUAUUGACGUGGAUGGGUUUGGCACAGUCAAAGCUAUGGGAUCUUGAUAGAUGUUCACGUUAGUUUGUCUUGAAACCAUUGUUUAUUUACCCCUACCAUGUGUCUGUUUUCCCAUGUACCCAUUUCAUGUCACACCAACUUGCAUGACAGCCCAUUCUAAUUUGUUCAUGUGUUUUCCUUUCAGGUCAUUCAAGGGGAGGCAGAGGUGGUAGUGGAUUUAGGGAUGACCGCCGGGACAGGUACUCCUCCGGGGGCAGGCGUGACUUCAGUAGCUUUAGGGACAGGGAAAACGAUAGAGGUUUUGACAGUGGACCAAAGAAGGUCUUUGGCACAAAUUCACAAAGCGGAGGCUAUGGGACAAGUGGCUUUGACAAAAGCGGGAAUGGUUUUGGCGGUGGUGGCUUCGGCAGCAAUGGCCAGUCAAACUAUGGUGCCAGCCAGGCUGGGGCGUUCCCAACGCAGAACUUCCAGGCCCCACAGUUUGGUGCCAACCAGGGGGGUGCACAGAAUGGCAUGAGCCAUCAACAGUUCCCAUUCACACAGCAACAAGCACCACCGCCCAUGGUGCCCUACCCCAUGCCCCCUCAAUUCCCACAGUGAACAUGCACAUCAAAGUAAAGAUGGUAACUUCAUGCUUUUUUGUCCUGUUUAGUCCUAUACUCUAUCCAAAAUUGUACUGUUAUGUUUUAUUUUUUACACAACCGGGUUCAACCGAUUUUUGAACCUCUAUCGAGUCCUGGGGGGGGGAGGGG